ACGUUUAUUUGUUUAUGGCCCUUAUUACCGAAUUGUCGAUGCAUUAUUGAUAACUGGUCAACAGUAACUUAACGCUAACGUAACAUGACAAAGAGAGGAAAUAUAACUAAGUAGCUUCAGGUCGGGUGUUGUCCAAGUCUGAAGUUCUCAGCUUCAACAAACACUGAAGUCGUGUUGGACAAAAAUAAGGCUUUAAAGUCUAAAUUCAUUGUCAGGUCUGUUUCUAGGCUGGGUGGUAUUGGCUUUCGUUUGGAGUUCAUUGCUGGGAGCUAGAAACUUUGACCAAGAUGUAGUAGGAACCACUGGCUUUGCAGCUUCCUCUGAGAUGGAGAUGAGCCGAGGCACCACCCUUGUGUCUGCACACACCCCAUCGGUGUCCUAAGCGCGAGUCCACAACAGCUGCCCGUCUCUGUGAUUGUCAAUAUUUGCAUCCUAACAUGGCCACAGUUCCUCCUGGGAUCCGCCUGCUAGUGUCCUUCGACAGGGACCAAUGGUACAGAGCUCUCACGUUCAUCCUCACCUUCCUGCUCUACACCAGCUUCCACCUCUCAAGGAAACCCAUUAGCAUCGUCAAGAGCGAGCUUCACAAGAACUGCUCAUCUGUCAACGAGCUAGCCACUAUUGUCUCCAGCGGCAGCGGCAGCGGACAGCCACCCUCCCUGCCGUCUCUCCACACAGACAUGGACUGUAGCUGGAAGCCUUUUGAUAAAAAGAACUACAAACAGCUGCUGGGAACCAUGGACUACUCUUUCCUCUGUGCGUAUGCGGUGGGAAUGUACCUCAGCGGCAUCAUCGGGGAGCGCCUGCCCAUUCGCCUGUUCCUGACAGUCGGUAUGCUGACCAGCGGCCUGUUCACCUGCCUGUUUGGACUAGGUUAUGUCUACAACAUCCACAACCUGGGUUUCUAUAUAUUUGUCCAGGUGGCCAAUGGCUUGGUCCAAACCACUGGCUGGCCCAGUGUAGUGACCUGCAUCAGCAACUGGUUUGGAAAGGGAAGGCGUGGACUCAUCAUGGGGCUGUGGAACUCUCACACCUCAGUGGGAAACAUCCUAGGCUCUCUGAUUGCCGGCUACUGGGUCUCCUCCAACUGGGGCAUGUCAUUCAUCGUACCGGGGAUCAUCAUUGCAGUCAUGGGCGUCAUCUGCUUCUUCUUCCUCAUUGAGCAUCCAAAUGACCUGAAAAGCAUGCAUGCUCAAAGUUCCUCUCCAGGCAAGAGUCAGGUUCCAUCCAAGAGUUGGACUGGUGUAAAUGGACAGACAGAGAUGUAUAUGCAGUACAAAGACAACAAAACUCAGGAGUACUACUGUUACGAGGAUAGGGUUCAAAACAGGAAGAGUUAUGACACGGAGCUGCUGUUGCCCAGGGACAGCGUGUGUGUCCCCGCGCAACCUGUCGUGGUGGUGAAGAGGGAGUCUGAGCCGUCCGCCAUCAGCUUCAUGGGAGCGCUACGCAUACCCGGAGUGAUUGAGUUCUCUUUGUGUCUGCUGUUUGCCAAGCUGGUCAGCUACACCUUCCUCUUCUGGCUGCCGCUCUACAUCACCAAAGCAGCUCACCUCGAUGCUAAGAAGGCUGGAGAUCUCUCCACCCUGUUUGAUGUGGGAGGAAUAGUGGGGGGGAUCUUGGCAGGAGUGAUCUCUGAUAAACUGGGGAAGAGAGCCACCACUUGUGCAGUCAUGUUGCUGCUAGCAGCUCCUACACUAUAUGGCUUCUCCAUGAUCAGUGAGUUUGGUUUGGGGCCAACAAUCGGCAUGCUGUUGGUGUGUGGAUGCCUAGUCAAUGGACCAUACUCCCUCAUCACCACUGCAGUGUCUGCUGAUUUGGGGACCCACAAGAGCCUGAAAGGAAACGCCAGAGCAUUGUCUACUGUCACUGCCAUCAUCGAUGGCACAGGCUCUGUAGGCGCAGCGCUGGGCCCCCUGCUGGCUGGGGUGCUGUCUGCAGGCGGCUGGGAUCGGGUCUUCUACAUGCUGAUGACGGCUGACUUCCUCGCUUUGCUGCUCUUGCUCCGGCUCGUGUCAAAAGAACUGACUUCGACUAAAUCCCGUCCCAUCUCGGCUGUAGAGUUAAAGGAGCACUGAACACUUUGAUUGCACUGCCUCCACACAGGAACACACUUGUACACACACACACACACACACACACACACACACACACACACACACACACACACACACACACACACACACACACACACACACACACACACACACAGUGUAUUGAAACCACUUGUCUUAGCCUAAAAUGGACUGUGGCUCUGACAAUCACUGGACUCUCCCUGACAUGAGACAUUCACCACACACAAACACACAGAUGCUCAUGUUGAUAAAACAUAGCACACGUGCGCACCCAGUGCUACGCCAGCUACAGCAGUGUACUGUAAACACGACUGGAAUUGUGUUCCUGAUGAAGAACUGGCUGUUGAAUCAAAAGGAACUGCUGCAGAUUUCAGUGUGAAGGAUUCAUCUGCACAUACUGUACUUACUUACUCAACUUCCUUGUCCCUUUCUCUCAUCUUCCUCUAUCUAUUUUCAAUGGGAGCCAACUUGAGCUUGAACACAUUACCUGCUUAUUCUACUCUAAGGAUUAGCAGAUUUAUGAAACUAGCCUAAUUUUGACAUGUAUAGUAAAACUCGAAAUGACCACAGCUAUUUAUUAUAGAUAGCAAUCUUUGAAACAGCAACUUCCAUGCCUGUAGUUAUCCUCCUUUUCUUAUCCUUAUAAGCUCACCAACACGGACCUAACCAUAACAUCUCUAACCACAACAGUCAAGUUUAUAUCUAAUCCGAACUAUCUGAACUAUUAUACCUAAGGGAGUAUUGUAAUUGUAUAUCCUAACCCAGAGCUUUUCAGCGUAGCCUUGGUGGCAUCUACCCUGGUUUUAGUCUUUUGACUCAUGUUGUGCUCAUUGGCGACUUGAAA